AUACAAUAAUUCACCUAAGAUUCUUAAUACGGGAGAAACCAUAGAUAAAAAUACAAAGUAGUUGUUGAUGAUUAAAUGUCAUCUUUGUACCCAACAAAUCAACAUCGAUUUCAUCCCAAAUUAAUAAAAAUACCCCAAAUUCAAAUGUAGAUAUUUGUACUUUGUAUGAAAUUGAGUACUAAGAAAUCAAAUUAAAACAUGGGAGAUGCAGAGUUAGAGGCAAGGCAGUGUCUAAUUAACCCAGAAAAUGAUCCAUUACCAACUUCUCUUUUAAGGUGUUUGUAUGUUGGUCACUUCUUAUCAAGAUGGAGUGCUAGAAUGUGGGAAUUCUCUGUGGCUUUAUAUAUGAUUAACAUCUGGCCAGACUCAUUGCUUCUUACGGCUCUAUAUGGAGUUGUAGAAUCAGCUUCUGUUGCGCUCUUUGGUCCUAUUAUUGGGGAAUGGGUGAACAAACUGAGUUAUGUCAAGGUUCUUCAACUUUGGACACUGUCACAGAAUCUGUCAUUCAUAGCUGCUGGAGUCGCAGUAAUUGUUUUACUAGUCUACUCAAGUUUAAAGAGUAUAAUCUUUACAUCACUUGUUUUGGUAACUUAUCUCUCAGGAGCUGUUGCAGUGCUUUCAACCCUUGUAGGAACCAUCUUGAUUGAAAGAGAAUGGGUUGUUGUGAUGUCAGAAGACCAGCCUACUGGAGUAUUAACAAAGUUAAAUUCAGUUCUAAGAAGAAUUGACCUGGUUUGCAAAUUAUGUGCUCCAGUGGUUUCUGGUUUUAUUGUAAGCUUUGUAUCAUUGACAGCAUCAGCUAUAUUUUUGGCCCUUUGGAACGUUGUUUCCGUGUGUGUUGAAUACUGGUUACUUAGCUCUGUAUAUGAGGGGAUUCCGGCUCUACAUUUGAAAGAUAGCAAAAGAAAGCAGAUCCCAUCUUCUGAUCCUGAACCAAGCAAGUCUCUUUCUGAGCAGAACUCUGACUUGCCUAUUGAAUACAAAAACAACAUUCCUUCUCCCAAAACCCAAAAAUUUGGAUGUUUUUCAAUACUUCCUUGUCUCGGUGCUUGGAAAGUAUACUUAAACCAAGAAGUGGUGCUUCCAGGCCUAUCCCUGGCUUUGCUGUUUUUUACAGUACUCAGCUUUGGUUCUUUGAUGACUGCUGUCUUGGAAUGGGAAGGCAUAGCUGCAUAUCAGAUAGGUAUAGCCCGAGGCAUAAGUGCUAUUGUAGGAAUAACAGCAACCUUUACCUAUCCCAUUCUAGAGUCGAAAAUUGCAACUCUUAGGACAGGACUUUGGUCCAUUUGGUCUCAGUGGUCAAUUCUUCUUAUAUGUGUUGGUUCUAUAUGGGUCAAAAACAAGCUACCAUCUGCAUAUAUGUUGAUGAGUGGCGUUGCAGCAUCUCGUCUUGGAUUAUGGAUGUUCGAUUUAGCUGUCAUCCAACAAAUGCAGGACCAAGUGCCAGCCUCUGAUCGCUGUAUUGUGGGAGGGGUCCAGAAUUCCAUCCAGUCUGCUAUGGAUUUGUUAGGUUAUAUCAUGGGAGUAAUUGUCUCUAAUCCAGAGGUUCAAAUGAUCAAAAGUUCUGACGUGAAAUCCAUUUUGGUGUGCUAAAAAAGUAGUGAUACAGCUACAUUUUGCUUUGAAGGGGCUAUUUUUAUUUAACUUUUUAGUCAUGGUAUCAAAAUUCCAAAGUAUUUCACUAUUUCAACUGGGAGAUACAUUAUAUGACGACAUGUUUUGCUUAUUUGCACUCAUCUGCUAAAUUAUUAUAGCAUGCAGCUAAGUACACCGAGAAUGAUGACACUUGCACACAUUAACAAACAUGUGGCGUCACACUCGUGUAAAAUGACUUGUGGUUGCUUUAGACCGUUUUCACCCGAAUGCAUAAAACAGACUCGUGUAAAAUGACUUGA